AGUACACAUCGAGGACGUCUUCCAUGUUUCGAGCGUUUUUAUCGAUAUGCUAAACCAUUUAAAGAUGUUUUGCUUGGCGAUUUGAUUCAUGGGUUCAGGUUUUGUUUAUUUAGACACUUAGAGUGAGCUAUUCUGAUUAGUUAGCUUUAUUUUAGGGAAGGACACCCACACAAUUUUUCUGGACGGAGGUGAAUGAAAUGUCAAGGCAGAGAUCACGUUCUCCAAAUUACAGAAGUUUUCCGUGGGAAGAACCAGAUUUUGAUCCCCACAAGAUUGUGGCUCACAUGAAAAACAUGUCUAUGGGCCAAAGAGAAGCGGAUUACUGGAGAGAGGAGGAUUUUCUAGAAAGAAGACACCCCGAGUACCAGCAAUACAAGCGGCAUUCAGAGGAAAACUAUCACAUGAGAAGACUAUCACCUUAUCAUAAACCAGCACACUUUGAGGGACGAGGAGAUGGGCUAAAAGGCAGGGAGACGUAUAGAGAAAACACUAGAAGAUAUGAAGAUAUGAGAGGACCACCACAGCACAAGCAAAAUUAUGAACAAAGAGAUCCAGGGUGGAGGAGAGACCAGAAUGAAAGAGAGUCCAGGGAAAGAUAUAGGGACAGGAGCCCAAUAAGACAAGAGGGAAACUACCAGAGGGAGAGAGGCAGAGGGCAGCAGAAGAGGAAGGUCCCUGUCCACACAGACACCUGGACUCCAAACCAAGAUAACCCAGAAUUAAACAGGAGCAGGGAUAUGGAUGGCUCCCCUCAAUUUGGGUACAGGUGGGAGAAGCCGCAUGGGCAGCGAUUCUCUGUGGACGAUCGUAGAGAUGGGUUUGACAGAAAUGCUCGUGGGCCACUUGAAUUUGAGCAAAACCGAAAUGACCCAAUCGAAAACAGGCCGCCGCCUCUUCCACGACGGGAACACUACAGUCACAGUUGGGAACGAGAUUUUCCCCCAAGACCCAGGAGCCCCAGAUCUAUGAGCAGUGGAGGCCGGAGAGGCAGCCAUUUUGAGGAAAACGACAUUGAUGUCAGUUACCACGAAGCAAGGAGGAGCCCAAUUACUCAUGAAAGGCCUACUACAUUUACUCAAUAUACAGACAGGCCAACAAAUAGAGGUCGGCCCACUAACAGGGGCAGAGGUUUUAACCGAAGAAGUGAUUUUAACCGCAAGGGGAGAGGAAGAGGCACACAUGGCAACCUUCCACAGCAACAAGGAGACUACCAAAAUGCUCUUAACAAAACACAAAGAGGCCAAUUUAUGGAAGGGGAAUUUUAUGACAACUCCGAGCCUGCCUGGGAAGAUGCAGAACUGGACCAGGAAUGGAGAGACGAUAGACGGAGCACUGAAAGGCGAAGAGAUGGAGGAGAGCAGUCGAAUUUUCAGAAGCAAGAAUUGGAAAUGCCACAACGUUCGCGAGAGCUACAUGUACACAACGAGUCCAAGCCCAAUAUGAUGGUCAUAACGGAGGAGACGCUGACCAUCAAAGUGGACAUGAGUCGACCAGUGAACAAGAACAGUGCGAUGCUGUACUCUGCGGACAGACAGCUGUCUCUGGACCUGGUGCACGUCGGGAGGCAGAGGCUGGACUUCCUGUCGACGCCGGAGGGUUUGAGGUCAAACCGAGAGAAUGCCAUACAGCACACAGGAACCUUUGCUCAAGAGAUCAUCACACUCACACAUCUAGUCAAAGACUUGUAUUUCAGAGGCAAGGACAUCACACUAAACGAACGAUUCUCUGCUCCACAAAAAGUCGGAUACGACGAUGAAGAGCCGCACGAAAUUACCCUGAGCGAGAGAUUCGGCUCCAACCGCAGGUUAAAUGCCAGCUCACACAAGGACAGUGAUGACCCUCUUUUAAUGACACAGGGCCCGCUUCAGCUGUUGGGCUCUUCUUUGGUGCGUGACCCUGAUGACCUCCGACACGACCUGGAGAAGAGACGACAGGAGCGUCUCGAGGGGGUAAAGGUCACCAUCGCAGGGCAGACUCAGCCACAGCACCCCCAAAUGGCACCUCCAAUGCACAACAGCGAGCAGAUGUACAGCCAUAAAGAGGAGCUCAUGGAGGAAGCAGAGUUUUCAAACUGGUCUGAGAAAUCCCAGAGGAGACAGGAAGGAACAACGGGUCAGAGGAGAGGAGGGCCUUUCCGCUCAAACGGUCCUUUUCGCAGAAACAACCAACAAAUGAGGUGACCUAACUACCACAACAACAACAACAACGGAGGUCCAAACUGGUGAUACUGAGGUAUUUCUUAUAGGAAAAUAUUUGAAUUCGACUGAUUCAGCUUCAAAAUGCGAUAAUAAACUGCUAUCAUCUUUAUUUGUAUAAUUUGAGUUUUUGAAAUAAUUUUUAUGUUAGUGUUUCACAUUUCUCACAAUAAAGAAACUUUUGUGUUCAG